AUGUUAGAAAAAAAGUUUGCUGACAUUGACAAGAAAUUUGAGAAUGUUUUGAAGAAGAACAAGAGGAAGUUGGAAAAUGCUCAGAUAAAACCCAUACAUGACAAGUUCUUAUUUGCUCAGAAUGGUAUAACAGGUCUAAUUGCACCACCUGGGUCGGGUAAGACUUUCACUUAUCUUAAAAUGGCUGCACAACAACAAGAACUAGAUGAGAAGAACCCAUUCUAUGAGUUAGUUGUCAUUUGUAGUACUUCGGGUCAAUUUGACCAAACCGUCAAUUCGUUCAAAGAUAUUAUAAAGAAGUCUAAGUUAGUAUGUAUAAAAGACUCUGAGUUGUUAGAUUGGAUAAAGAAGUACCAAAGAAGAGUUUUGAAGUACAAUGCUAUAAAUGAGUAUGUCAAUUCGAAGUUUAAAGACCCAAAUGAGGAAAUGCAGAGAAUAUUAGAGAAGAAACACUUCAGAAACAAACAGAAAGAGAUAGAAUACAUUUCGAAGAAAUUGCAAUCUUACGAUUGGAAGACUUACCCUCACAGAUGUCUUCUUAUCUUAGAUGACUUUGCUUCUCAUCCUUUGU